AUGAUGCUCUCGGCAGCCUACAAGGAAUAUUAUGGGAACCUUAAAAAAGAUUCGAGAGCUGCUGUCUUUAUCAAUGCUAGUCCACAGCGCAGGGAAGCUUUUCUUACCCUUCAAACUACUGAGCCUAAGCUUGUUCCGAUCCAAGAUGUUCGCACACGCUGGAAUUCUACCUUUCUGAUGCUUAAUCGUGCCAGGAAAUUACAAUCAGUCUUUGAUCGGUAUUGUAUAACAUAUCAACAUAUUCAAUUUAAGCUAGAUGAAGAGGAAUGGCGCCAAUCAUAUGGCACAGUCUAUGCAAUUGCAACAAUUCUCUGUCCAUCAAAGAAGCUUCGAUACUUUGAUAAUGCGGAUUGGAGAGGAAAAAAUAAGAAAGGAGAGGAAGUCGAUUUCAUGAAGCAUUACCGGGAGGUUUUACAGAAGGAGUUUAAGCGAUAUCAGCAGCAGGUUAUCCAGGAAACAGAACCGGUUGAUAACCAAGCAAUCUUUGAUCCUGCUGAAAAUGAGCUUGAGCUAUUAUGGCUUACAAAAGGUAAUCCUCGGGUCUUCUGGAAGGAGCAUGAGCACGAGUAUCCAGUUCUUGCAAAGAUUGCACGAGAUAUCCUCUCAGUUCCUGCGAGUGGCGCUGGUGUUGAGCGGCUUUUUAAUUGUGCUCGUGAUGUCUGUCACUAUCGUCGGGGACAGUUAAAGCCAGGCACAAUUAAAGAUCUAAUGCUCCAUCUCUUCUCAUCUAAGUUUGAUCUUGAACAAAGCGAGCUAGAGAUGAUUAAAGAGUAUCUCUCUGUCGGAGAGGCUGCUAUGCUUGAUCAGACAAGACAGCCUGUUCCAUCGCUUAAUGAACUCGAACCAAUUAGUGAUAAUGAAGAAGAGGGUUGCGAAGCAGAGGAUUUAUCUGAGGAUGAUACAGAUGAAUCUGAUAACGAGGCAGAAGACGGGUUAUCUACCACGCAGCCUGUAGCUCAAACUAAGCAGGUACAACGGAAGCGGUGCCGAAGUAACAGCUCUGAGGCUAUAGAUGAUGCUGAUAAUGGUCUCCCACUUCCCGAUAUGCCAAUUGAGAAGACGCAGGCGCGGUCAGGGAGGGUUCGGAAGAGGCCUAAGCUACCUGAGGGAUUUGAGAUUGAUAAGCUGUAA